UCUGCCAUGACCACCUAUGGGGGCAGUUACAGGACAAAGCCCCUGGACCCCUCGGUGUACAACCGGCAGUAUCUGGCUGAGUUUGACCAGGGGAACAAGAGCUCACUGUCAGUUACCAGUUGAAGAUAAUGACUGUAUUCACUUGUUAAAAAUAUUUAGGGAUCGGGCGGUAGCGCAGCGGGUUAAGCACACGUGGCGCGAAGUGCAAGGACCAAAGUAAGGAUCCCGGUUCGAGCCCCUGUGAAGUACGUCUGCAGGUGUCUGUCUUUCUCUCCCCUUCUGUUUUCCCCACCUCUCUCCAUUUCUCUCUGUCCUAAUGACGACGACGACAUUAAUAACAACAAUAAUAACUACAAUGACAAUAAGAAAAGACAACAAGGGGAACAAAAGGGAAAACAUAAAAAAUUUUAAUUGAUUUGUUUAUUGGACAGGGAUGGAAAGGGGAGGCAGAGAGGGAGGAGAGGCACCUUCGGUGCUGCCCCACUGUCGGUGGGUUCUGUGGGCUUGAACCUGGGUCUUUACGCUUUAUAACAUGUGCUCAAGCUCCAGCACAUACUCAUUUUGUGGUCCAAAACGGCGUGUAACUCUCUGCUCUCAAUAAGAUAAAAAUAGGAGGGCUUGAUACAAGUAUUGAGAGUUUGUGUUCUCUGCUCAGCAGAGAGGUGCUCUGAGAAUCUCGUGUUUGUGUCUAGAUUUUCCACUUUUAGGAGAUGAAGAUUUUCCUUAGAGUAGGGAGAGAUCUGCUAAAUCCCUUUCUACUCUCUACCUUGAUAACUGUCCACAAAUGGAAGCAUUUAGGCCCAAAUAGACAUCUCCUGAGAGUGUCUGUUCUAAGCAAAGCCCUCUGGCUGGUCCCCAGAAGAGAAGCGUUUGUUUCCUAUGGAGGGCCAUGCUUCUAGAGAGAACAGUCCUCCCCAGUGUCUGUGGUGGAGGAGAGGGACCUUGAGUCUCCCCUACAAGAUCUGUGUGCAUCUCAGCCAAGCAGACUUUCUCCAAGCUGCUUGAGAAGGUGGCUACAGAUGGCGGGUGGCGAGCUACCUGGAGGAGACAGUAAGUUGACGGCCUGGACGUGUUUCCUCAAAGACCUCCAAGUAGCUAGCUCAGUGGGUUUGGAGAAACUAUGGUCUUCAGACAACAGCAAUCAGUUAUUCCAGCAAGGAAGGGAUUUGUUUGGAAAUAAGCAGCAGGAGAGAAGACACAUGGGAGAGUGCUUUCCUGGUGAGAUUGCCAGCACUUGCCCCAGUCCAAGGUGAACACCGUCUCUAAGUGACCUCUGGAGAGUCCCCCGCCCCCCAUUCAGUCCACCCAAGGGAGAAAUAGUUGGACUUCCCUUGGGAGACGGAAGGCAUUCUUGGGCCUAUAGUUGGCUUGGGCUCUCUCUUCCUUGCUCCCCUACCUCAUUUAGACAGGGCUCUGAAUACAGAAAAGGAAAAGAACUCCUCCAUAAAGCAUGUCCCUCCCCCUGUGUAUUGACUGCAAAAUAUCUUGCCAGAAUUCUGGAAAUCUCCGUGAAAACCAGGGGGAUUACUGGCUCCAAUGUGAGUUGUGAGGAAGAACUCCCAACAAAAUCCUGAUCGAUAUCAGCCACACUGACUUCCAGACUUCUCCAAAUCGUCAAAACAGUGCCUCCAGCCAGACUGCCUCAGACGAUGCUUUCCGACGGCACGUCUUGUCGGCUGUAGCCCCACCAAGGACAGUCUCUCUGUCUUGGAUGGCGCUCAAGCCAAACUACAGCCUCGAAUCCCGAAGGGCUGGUGCCCAGGAGACGGCAAAGGCUGAAGGACGAUUCCCCCAGAUAACCAGCUCUUCUCAAACGCCUUUUGAAGUCAAGCACAAAGUGGCACACCAGAUUCUGUAUGGAGAUUAUCAUUCAGCUCACGAAAAGGAAAAAUCACAUCCCAAAAUGAAAAGGUCAGUCACCUACAGCCUGGUGAGCCCCUGCCACCAAGGAACAGAUGUCUCCCUGAGGCGGGUUGAGCGCCACAGCCCUGCUUCAAAGAAAUUUUACAACUCUUCUGACGAGUCAGAGCCUGACCACUUCUCCGUCUACAGCCUGAAAAGGCCCUUUUACAGCUCUGUGGGCAGCGUGGGCUCAAUGGUGUCUUGGUGACAGGCCUCAGACGCCCCUCACCCCCACCCCCACUCCCACUGCUGCUUCUCCCAUUGUGAGCGUGGCCCAGGGACACCCUUAUUCUCCUGAUUAAAUUGUCUCUUAAAAUGA